GCUGCGUCGUUUCCCUGGCAACGGCUGUAAUCGCGCCUGAGUAAAAAGUUGUCGCAAAUUUAAAGGUUUUUUUCUGAAAAUACGGAACUUUUCCUUUUUCCUCCGCAGCGUCACAGCGCGGGAAACACACCGGGAUGGAGACAGAGGCACCCACAGAGCUCCAGGACUUUGUUUCAGACGCGGCGCCGCCGUGGCCCAGGUCGUACACGGAGAACAGCGCCGAGGAGGAGCAGCUUCUGGUCAUGGCCCGGAGCUUCCAGAGACACAUGCGCCUGCUGUAUCCAGACAGAAAACCUCUGCUGCUCUGCCCCGCCAACGAGUGCGGCCUCCAGAAGCUGGUGACCACCACCCUGCGCCCCACCUUCCCCGCGGUGGCCGACCUCCACACGUGGCAGCAGUGCGCCCGCUUUGUGUCCGACUUCCUGACGCUGCAGCCGCUGGAGCCGCCCACCGAGCUGCCGGCCUCCCUUCGUUCUCCUCAGUUCGUCCUGCGGAGUCAGAGAGGUUCGAGUCUGGAGUUCACUAACCUCCUGUGCAGUUUGCUGCUGGGACUCGACUAUGACGCCUACUGUGUGAGCGGCUACGCCUCCAGACGCCUGUGUGAGCUCGACCGCCGCCGCGACACCUGCCCCCUGCUGGAGGAACAGAGCCAGGACCAGCCCGAGGAGACGGAGCAGGAGGCUCAGGACGACAGCAGCACUUACAACAAGAAGAGAGAACGGAAAGUCCACAGCAACUUUCUCCUGAAGCAACAGAAGAAACUGGAGCAGCAGCAGCAGCAGCAGCCGCAGACUCACACUGAGCCGCCCCCUCCUCCUGCCCCGGACCCUCUGUGGGGGUUGAGGGUUCACUUCUGGGUGCUGGUGCUGGCGGGCAGUCGCAGCGUGGAGCACGACUUCUUCAUUGACCCUCUGAGCGGAAACUCCUUCCCCACGAAGCACCCGGACUUCCUGGGCGUGGAGAGCGUGUGGAACGAGCUCAACGUUUACGUCUACAUGGAAGACUGCGCCAACGGGUGCCAGGACGUAGUGUGGGACCCGGAGGACCGGACUCACUGGGAGCCUCUGGUCCCUGGCACCACCUCCAGGAAACAGCUGCAGGCGCUGGCCAAGAACAGACUGGACCUGAACGAGGAGACAGGUCCUCCGUACAGCUACGACAUGCCCCUGUCCUGGUGCUCCAUGAUCCACAUCACUGAGAAAGACAUGGAGCUGCGCUGGCCUCAAGGAUUCAAAGUGACUCACUUCAAACAGGCUUCAGUGGAGAACUUCAUCCCGUUCUUCUGCCCUGACGGAGUGGUGACCCGCCUCACGCUCUACCAGGACCACGACAAGCGGCAGGUGCAGACGGUGAGGGAGUGGUUCGAGUACAGAAGCGACCGGCUGAAGGAGAGAGAGACCAGUGGAGGAUUCACCACAGAGACGUUCAAACCGGGCCGGGACGACACCCUCAUCUUCCACAGGUUCAACACUCGGGUCCCGGAGGCCUGCCCCGACCCCUCUGACCCCGCCGUGACCCCAGAGCGGGAGAUGCGUUUCGUGUCGUUCCGGCCGGACGGGCUGGUGCGCCGACUGGAGCGAGGCGACCACAUGAUCGAGACCUUCGAGAAGCGCCGGGACUUCCUGUUCCAACGAGACACGCAGUUCAGGCGCCCCGCAGACGCCAAAACCAGCAAAGAGGACGGCGAGGACAACACCGAGGGCUCAUGGAACAUUCUGGAGGUGGUGGAGCAGUUCCACAGAGACCCGUCCAAAGCUGCAGGUGAGGACAUAGCAAAGCGAGAGUUCCUAUUGGCUGAGAGGCGCAUAGAGGUGACCUAUCACCUGGAGGACAACCUCUUCAUCCCGUCCAAGAGGAGCUUCAAGAAACCCACCGAGUCCACCAAGAAGCAGAAGGCUGGAGACUUCACCAUGGACAUGGUCUCCACAUUUCAGGUGGAUGGUCAGGGAGAGACGCUCAAACUGCCCCAGCUCCAGCAGCUCCUCCACAGCCUCAUGGAGCACGAGCAGAAGACCAUCAGACAGAUCAAGAACUCGAUGAGCUCGGUGCAGUCCCUGGUGCAGAGCAGAGCUGUGGAGGAGAAGGAGGUGCAGCUGGAGACACGUCCCUGGACCACGUCUGGAACCAGCCUGGCCCGGAAACGCAGGGAGAGGGCGGUGCUGCUGGGGGAGGAGCUGCGCUGGUUGGAGCAGCAGCAGAAGGACCUGUUGGCUCCGGCGCUGAUGCGUCUAAACGGAAACAUGGAGCUGAGACCGGACCAGGUCCAGACCCUGUACCAGGACUGUCUCCAGGACUUUAGGAACCGCAUGGUCCAACGCGCCACGCUCAUCCAGGAGCGCAUCGACCAGGAGAGCAGAGAUCUUCAGGAGCAGCAGCCGGACGACCUCACCAAGCCCAGACAGAUCCACAUCGCCCGGAAACGCCUCGAAAUGCUUAAGGAGUGCGGUCCCCAGAAGUACAAGGACCUGGAGCAGAAACUGAGAGGAGACCCACGCAUCGGCCCCCACCUGAACCCCCCCACCUGAACCCCCCC